CUCCCAUGCAGGUAUUUGGCCAUACGAUACCCCCUGCACUCGAGGGAGCUGAGGACGCCCAGGAACGCCCUCAUGGCCAUCUGCUUCAUCUGGGGGCUUUCCUUCAUCUUCUCGGGCCCUUACCUCAGCUACUACCAGGAGUUCCAGUUGGCCAACCUGACCGUCUGCCACCCCAUCUGGGAGAUCUCCCAGCGCAAGGUCAUGGAUAUCUGCACCUUCAUCUUCAGCUACAUCAUCCCAGUGCUGAUCCUGAGCCUCACUUACGUGCGGACUAUUCGCUACCUGUGGAGGUCUGUGGACCCUCUCCAGGACAUGUCGGAGUCCAAGAAGGCCAAACGGAAGGUCACCAGGAUGAUCAUCAUUGUAGCCGUCCUGUUCUGCCUCUGUUGGCUGCCCCAUCACCUGGUCAUCCUCUGUGUCUGGUUCGGGUACUUCCCUCUCAAUCACGCUACAUACGUGCUCCGUAUCCUCUCACAUCUUAUCUCCUAUGCCAACUCCUGUGUGAACCCCAUUGUUUACGCCCUGGUCUCCAAACACUUCCGCAAGGGCUUCAAGAAGAUCUUCAUCUGCCUCUUGCACAAGAAGGCAGCCAACAAGGUCCACGUGGCCCAAGUGACGAACACCGUCAGCACGCUGGAGGCAGAGCUCAGCGAGGUGACCCACAUCAGCGAAGCCCUGCCCGGCCGCUCAUCCCUACGCUGCAAGGUCCCAGCCCAGCCCUGGGGGGAGGCAGAGCCGGUGGGACAUCAGCAGAAAGCGGAUGGCUCCUUCAUCACCUUCAACAUCACCUAGC